GACCAUUAAGCGGGUCACGUAAAAAAGUAGAAUGAACGUGCCUAAGAAUUAGUAUUCAUAAAAUCUUUGAACAGGUGUCCCUCUCCUCCUUGUAGCGGUGCUCCACUCCGCUCCUCUUUCUGCAUUUCUUCCCAAACCCAUCGUAUCUCCUCUUCUCUGUACACACACAGACACACACUGAGAGACCUAGAAUAGACAGUAAUGGGCGCAUACAGAGCGGACGACGAUUACGAUUAUUUAUUCAAGGUUGUAUUGAUCGGCGAUUCCGGCGUCGGUAAAUCCAACCUCCUCUCCAGAUUCACUCGCAACGAGUUCAGUCUCGAGUCAAAGUCAACGAUCGGCGUUGAAUUCGCCACUCGUAGCAUUCGUGUAGAUGAUAAAGUCGUCAAGGCUCAGAUUUGGGAUACCGCCGGUCAAGAACGAUAUCGUGCAAUCACAAGUGCCUACUAUCGAGGAGCUGUCGGUGCGUUGCUUGUCUAUGAUGUCACUCGUCAUGUAACCUUUGAGAAUGUAGAGAGAUGGUUAAAAGAGCUCCGAGACCACACCGACUCUAGCAUUGUCAUAAUGCUGGUGGGUAAUAAGGCAGAUUUGCGUCAUCUGCGGGCUGUUUCAACUGAGGAUGCCAAGGGGUUUGCUGAGAAGGAAAGUACGUUUUUCAUGGAAACAUCUGCAUUGGAGUCCAUGAACGUGGACAAUGCCUUCACAGAAGUGCUCACUCAAAUACACCGCGUUGUUAGCAGGAAAGCUCUUGAAGUAGGAGAUGACCCUGCAGCAUUGCCGAAGGGGCAGACUAUUAAUGUUGGAGGGAAGGAUGAUGUUUCUGAAGUAAAGAAAGCCGGGUGCUGUUCUUCUUAGAACAAAGAGUAAUACAAAUGGUUGAAGAGGUUCUCUUUGUUUUGAGCGCAAAAAUUGACAUGGCAGUUGUACUUCUCCCUCUAUAUACUAGGAAGUAACCACAUGGAUUGCUUAUCAAUGAGAGCUUUAUAACUGGACCACUAGGCAUUAAUGAAUUGAGUGCAGCCCCAAGAUUGAUUAUCCAAGUGACUUCAUAGCAUUCUUUAUCCUUGUUUCUAUAUUUUGCUUCCCUUGGUCAAUGAUUAUAGUAUUAGCUUCUUGUGGACCUCCAAUAUAGGGUAUAUUUGUUUGGAAAAGAUUUGAACUGAUACAUGUAUGAACACAUUUUAUGCUGCCUUGUACUUGAUUGUUUGAUUAGUUAUGGACUGAGGAAUAUUUUCAAUUUCUUAUGUUACAGAAGAUAUUAGUGCUC